AUGGCCCACAUACGCCUCUACACAGUCGACGAGUUCCCCGCGCCCCACCCCAUCUGCAACGAGUGCAUCGGCAUCUUCGCCACCCGUAGGACGCUAGGCGAAUGGGACGAUACGCAUGCGCAUCACAAGAAGGUGUCUCUCAAGUCGACAGUUACGUGCAAGCUCUGCUGUCGUUUGUGGGACACUUUCUUCACUGAGGGCCCAUCCACCGCAGAUGUGCAGGCCAAACUCGAGGUCGACAUUAGAUAUCGGAUAGUCACGCGGCCAUUCCACCUUAAGCUCGAGAUCCCCGGUAUAGGAGCUGACGCCAAAUUCGACAUUGAAGGUGAGGUCUGUUCCGUUGAUGGAUCGGAUUCGACAUCAAGCACAAUGAGCCUUUGCCGGGCCGACGAAUGGCUGAAGGCAUGUCUCGACAGCCACGACCGCUGCCGAGCUAUAUGUGACGCGCGACGCUGGGCCCGGCGUGUUCCCAGCAGACUGGUCCAGAUCGGAGGCACUGUUCAAGAGCCUCAUAUGCGCCUCCGGGAGACAAAAGACCUGGACCGCUCAGUCAAGUAUGCAACGCUGAGCCAUUGCUGGGGCUCCAACCUGACCUGCCGGCUGCUGCAGCGAAACUACGAAAGCGCCAAGUCCUCGAUACCGAGAUCGGCUUUUCCAAGGGCGUUCCAACACGCUAUCAACCUGGCGCGCCGCUGGGGCCUGGAGUUCAUCUGGAUAGACUCGCUGUGCAUCAUCCAGGACUCGUCCGCCGACUGGGCGCGCGAGUCGGCCGCCAUGGGCGCUAUCUACCGGAACGGCUUCUGCAACCUCGCCGCCACCGGAUUUCCCGACGGCUCACACGGCUUGUGCGUGCAGCGGGACCCCAAGCAGCUGGAACCCAUCAAGAUUCGGGUACCGCGCGACGCGCGUGACCAGAACGGCAACCUCGAAGUGGGGAAGGGAGACUACUACCUAGUCGAUUUCGACAUGUGGCAAGACGGCGUCGAAACCGCGCCUCUGAACCAACGCGGCUGGGUCGUCCAGGAGAGGGCACUCUCAGUGCGAACCCUGCAUUUUGGGUCGUCGCAACUCUUCUGGGAGUGCCCGUCCCUCACGGCCUGCGAGAUCCUGCCCAACGGCAUACCCCACGGCAUGCGCAGUUCCGGGGCGUCCAAGGUCUUCAUACAUCCCAAUGCGAGCCUAACGAUGAGCUGGAGCGAGAAUGACCAGCAGUGGGUUCGUCCUGUAUCUCCAACAGUAGCGUCCGAAGACGACGGAGGGUGGACCGAAGUCGGCAGCGAUCGUCAGCGCCGGGAUGCAAUCAAGUUCCGGGCGCGGAUGCUCCGCUCGCAAGACUGCAACUGGGGCAUGCCUGCUGGGCUGAACCGCUGGGUUGGCAUCAUCGAGCGCUUCUCCAAGGCGAACCUUACCUUUGCAUCCGACAAACUGGUUGCAAUCUCUGGGCUUGCUACUGAGAUGAGUGCUCAUAUGAGAUGCGACUACCUGGCGGGUCUAUGGAGGCAAGACCUGGAGCACCAGCUGCUAUGGACUGUGACAAAUUCCACACAGUUGAGACGCCGCAACACGACGUACCUUGCUCCCUCGUGGUCUUGGGCGUCGGUCGAAGGAGGGGUUUCCAUAUUCCGCUGGGACAUGAAUCCAAAGUUCCUCGACACGGAGUUUCUAGCGAAAGUGGUAGAGGCUCAAGUGUCGCCAGCUUCCAGUCGUAACCCCUUCGGAGCUGUCAGCGGCGGAUGGCUCAAAAUUGCCGGCCCUCUGGGCGUCAUCCGGUUGUCGAAGCAGGGUUUUUCCCAGGAAGCGGCCAGUGUACCGAAGCGACGCCCCGGAAGCGAGGAAGAACAAGAAGUGGCAAUCUCUUGGGAUGCCGAAGGAAGCGACUGCGUGAACGUGCGCAGCCCUGGAUUCGUGCAGAUACGAGCUGGCUACGCCACGACAGCUGACGAGGGUCGAGAAUACUUUUACAUGCCGAUCCGAAUCAUGAACGAGAGCACGAUCUCGAGCCUGCACGUGUAUCUCAGAUCCCUGUUGCUUCUCCCAGCGGGAACGGAGAGAGGCGUGUUCCGUCGAGUUGGGAUGAUGUGGGCCUUUGACAGGAACAGUACUUGGGAGGAGAGCCUGCGAGGGAGGACCUUCAAGCGUUUGAUGAAACCCGCAGCAAACGUUGACAAAAGGAGCAGAGAAACCGGCGAAGGAGUUGCCGUUUUUAAUUUCGACUUAUUCCAGUCGCUGCUUACGGUUGUGACGCCGCUGCUUGAGAACCUCGAGAACCUCAUACUCGCCAUAGACCUGGCCCUCGCAACGCCCCUUUCCGCCGCUGUCAAAUACGCGGUAGCAUUUCUGAGUCACACCAACCUGAAAGUCUUGCGUCUCAACAUGGUCCGCGUCACCGAUCUGCAGCUGGGGGAGAUGACUGUUACCCGCAAACUUCUAGUUAGUGUGGUAGAGUGGUUUAGUCACCAGCCCCAUCGCCUCUCUUUCUUCCGCAUUGUUCUCAUCACCGAAUAUCUCGAUAACAAAGGGCUGUGGCAGAUGACCCUGAAGACCAUUGGCAACCUACAGACCUUGACGAAGCUUAUCUACUUUCAAGCAUCGCACCUUAGAGAAGAAUUCACAGACAACGUCAGCUUCAAACAGCCCAAUCAACAUGGAAGGACGGAGCGGCCGCACACGCGUCGCACGCGGGAGCUGAGCCUGGACGUUCCGCGGCUCAUUGGGUUACGUCAGUUCUCCCACUCGCUCUUCCCUGUCAUCAACGUCCACACCCAUAGCUCAUCCACAAUAGCCACGUCGAUAUGA